UAUCACGGGAAAAGACAAGAGAAUUUUACAAAAUAAGAUGUCGUACGGUGACGAAGGAGCGGCAUUGAUAGAACAAACACCACAACCUCAAAAUUUUCCCAGAGGAGGAAGACUGGAGCCGGAGAUAGAUCGAUUUGACGAAGUUGUUGAAUUGAUUGAAGAACGAAAGCAGUUUCUUGAUGAUAUGGAAAAACUAGGGCAAGGAAAAAAGUACCGAAGUUUGAUAGCUGCAGAAAUAUCUAAGGGAUACGGGAACUCGAGCUUAUCGAUAAGAAACGGACAGGAGAACUUAACCUGGCUUUAGAAAACGAUACAAGCUCCACUAAGAAACGGACAGAAGAAGUUAACCUGGCUUUAGAAAACGAUACAAGCUCCAC